ACAGCUGUUGAUAUUAUGAGUCAUCAACCUCCAGUUUCCUGUAUUCCAAACACAGCCAAAAUGUCGAAAGCUAAAAAAGUUAUCGAAGAAGCAAAGGAAAUUAACAAUCCUGAAAUAGAUUUGGUCGACAAAGGACUUUCUAGCCUCGACGAAAUACCUGGAUUGUUCAGUCUCGCCAACAUAACUCGUCUAUCUCUCAGCCACAAUAAGAUCCAAGUGGUUCCCGCUGCCCUCGCCAACCUUGCAAACUUGGAAAUACUGAACCUCGCCAACAACCAUAUCACAGAGCUACCUGUCAGUCUAUCUUCUCUACCCAAGCUACGUAUCCUCAAUGUCUCGCUUAACAGACUGUAUGGGCUGCCGAGAGGUUUUGGUUCGUUCCCUGUUUUGGAGAUCUUGGACUUGACAUACAAUAAUUUGAGUGAGAAGAAUCUACCUGGAAACUUCUUUAUUAUGGACAGUCUCCGUGCACUGUACCUUGGAGACAAUGACUUUGAGUACUUGCCUCCUGAAAUCGGAAACCUGAAGAAUUUACAAAUUCUAUCGAUGCGUGAGAAUGAUCUGAUUGAGGUCCCUCGUGAGUUGGGGCAGCUCUCCAGACUGAGGGAACUGCAUUUACAAGGCAACAGGCUUGUGGUAUUGCCUCCUGAGAUUGGUGCUCUAGACCUGGCCAGCAACAAGUCAGUGCUGCGGCUGGAGGGUAACUUCUGGGUGCCGCCCAUUGAAGACCAGCUCAAGUUGGGACCCUCACACGUGCUCGACUAUCUCAGAUCUGAGACUUACAAAGUUCUAUACAGUCGUCACAUGUCUGCCAAGCCGCCGCCGCCGCCGCAAACCCUGGACAAGAGCAAGAAGGCGAGCAGAGCCGCAUAAAACAACAUGUAUUACUAAUACUAUCGUGCUAUUAUUGUUAGUAUUCUAACUAAUGCUUGAAUGAAAUUGUGUUGCUUUGAAGUAUGGAUAUGUUGAAAUGUAGUAAAAUCAUUGCAGAGAUAUAAAAAAGGGAACAAAUAUAAUGACCACCAUAAAAUGCUUUGAUACCCUUAGUUUUGUAACCAGAAAUAUCUACUGAACACCAGAAAAAUAAAGUCUAAAAAUGU